ACGUUGGAGUCUGUUGUGUUUUCUAAACCACAGUCACUCUUCUCCUUCAGUUUCAAGCUCUAACUUCUCCCAAAGAUUUGAGCUUUCUGUUUCUGAUUCUUACAAAUAUGGGUGCUUCAGGCAAAUGGGUGAAGUCCCUUAUAGGUAUCAAAAAACCUGACAAAGAUGACCAAGAAAAGGUAGGUGGGAAGAAUAAGAAGUGGAAGCUAUGGAGGAAUUCGUCAGGGGAUUUCGGGUCUUCUUGGAAAGGAUUCAAAGGGAGUCACAGAGCUGCUUCUGAAGGGUCUGAUUCGCCAAGAAGGGCUGAAGCGUACACUGCUGCUGUGGCUACAGUGGUUCGAGCUCACCCUAGAGAUUUCAGAGUUGUCAGGCAAGAAUGGGCUGCUAUCAGAAUCCAAACGGCUUUCCGAGGCUUCCUGGCAAGGAGGGCUUUGAAGGCGUUGAGAGGGAUUGUGAGGCUUCAAGCUCUGGUUCGGGGAAGACAAGUGAGGAAGCAAGCGGCUGUAACACUGAGGUGCAUGCAGGCUCUAGUUCGAGUUCAGGCACGUGUGAGGGCUCGCCGCGUGCGAAUGUCCAUUGAAGGCCAAGCUGUGCAGAACAUGCUCAAUGAGCGCCGCACUCAAGCUGAUCUCUUAAAAGAAGCUGAGGAAGGGUGGUGUGAUAGCAAGGGAACUAUAGAUGAUGUUAAAGCAAAGAUUCAAAUGAGGCAAGAAGGAGCCUUCAAAAGGGAGAGAGCAAUUGCCUACUCUCUUGCUCAAAAGCAAUGGAGAUCAACCCCAGAUUCGAAUUCACGCAUCAAUUCCUCAGUUUACUCUCUCAAUAAGAACGAAUUCGACAGGAACAGCUGGGGAUGGAGUUGGUUAGAGCGCUGGAUGUCAGCUAAGCCAUGGGAGACUAGGUUGAUGGAACAAUCCAACAGUGAUCCAUCUGAGUUCACACCGCCUCCAAAGAAAAUUGCAGACCCUUUUGUUGGCAUCGGCAAACAUUCGAAAUCUUCAGAGCCACCAUGCUCAGUCAAAGUGAGAAGGAACAAUGUCACCACUAGGAUAUCGGCAAAGCCACCACACCUUGGGCAAGUGACUACUCGCUCAUCGUCGAGCCCAAGUUCAGAGUUUAGGUAUGAUGACAGCCCUGGCUCAUCUUCACUUACAUCCACAACACCUGUUUCAGGAAACACCGGACUGGCUUCGGAUAGAACAGAUGAGAGCAGUAACUUUAGGCCAAGUUACAUGAACCUGACUGAGUCAACUAAGGCAAAGCAGAAAGCAGCAAGUUAUCAAUCUCACAGAACUCAAAGGCAAUCCAUGGAUGAGUUUCAGUUUCUCAAGAGGUCUGGGGCAUUCUCUAAUGGGGAUUCCAAAAGUAGUGCUGGUUCUGAACCACCAUCAGUCCAUUUCUCAAAGCCGCUUGGCAUGCCAACCCGCUUGGAUAAGAACACUACGAAAUUAAGGUGA